UGAAGUAUGCCGGGGGGCGUGGCCUCCCAUCAGCUCUCUGAAAGCUUUGAUUUGGCAUCAGGAGCUGCGGAGCCAGACAAUAGCAGAGCUGAGAGAGCAGAGGGACAUUAGGACACAAGCGGAGUCAGAAGGAGGACUGAACGGGUCCAAAUGCCGAUAGAAGAGACACAGAACAAUAUCAGAAACACAGAGGGAGAGAGAGAAAGAAAGAAGAAAAUGCUCUGCCUUCACCCGCGGUCAGGUUAGGAAGCCUCACCGAACAAGGACGGAUUUGAUGUAACACUAAGUUUCGGACAGCAUUUCUGCUCCUGUGGAAGCAUGAGCUCCUCUCCGGUUGGCUCUCGCGUAUCUGUGGACAUCCUGGAGGAGCUGCAGCUCUUCGCAGCCCAAAACCUGGAAAAGCUUGAGGUCAACAAGUACUAUGAGGUCAUCCGGGAGCUGGGGAAAGGCACCUACGGGAAGGUGGACCUGGUCAUUCAUAAAAUCAGAGGCACCAAGAUGGCUCUGAAAUUCCUCAAGAAGAAAACCACCAAGCUAAAGAGCUUUCUGAGGGAGUACAGUAUCUCGCUGUACCUCUCGCCCUGUCCCUUCAUAAUCAACAUGUUCGGCAUUGCGUUCGAGACGGAGGAUUACUAUGUUUUUGCACAGGAGUACGCUUUAGCGGGGGAUCUCUUCGACAUCAUUCCUCCACAGGUGGGACUUCCAGAGCCGGUGGCCAAGCGCUGCGUCCACCAGGUGGCCAUCGCCUUGGACUACCUCCACUGCAAGAAGCUGGUCCACCGCGACAUUAAGCCAGAGAACGUGCUGAUCUUUGACAGGGAGUGCCGCAAGGUAAAGCUGUCGGACUUCGGGAUGACGCGGCGGGCCGGCUCUCCAGUGAAGCGCGUGAGCGGCACCAUCCCGUACACAGCACCCGAACUGUGUGACGCGUCUGCCCGCGACGGCUUCUGUGUAGACUACGGCACGGACGUGUGGGCCUUUGGCGUACUGCUCUUCUGCAUGCUGACAGGCAACUUCCCCUGGGAGAAGGCCAUGCCCUCAGAUGCCUUCUACGAGGAGUUUGCUCGCUGGCAGCGGCGCCGGACGGCCACCGUGCCCUCGCAGUGGCGCCGCUUCAGCGACGGGGCGCUGCAGAUGUUCCGCAAGCUGCUGGCCCUGGAACCCGAGCACCGCUGCCAGGUCAAGGAGGUGUUCACCCACUUCGGCCACCGCUGGAUGCUGGAUGGAGAAGGAGCAGGUGGUCACCACCAGGGGGCGGUCAGCUCUUCCUCAGAGGAGGAGGAGGAGCUGCUGGUGGACCGCAUGAAGCAGCAGACACUGUCUCCGGAGGCGGGCGGAGUCAAGAGUGGAGCAGCGGAGGCAGGGGGUGCUGCCACCCACCACUUCACCUCAGUGUCCACCAACAGUUCUGUGUCAUCCACCAACAGUUAUGAGCGCGUGCCCAGGGACAGCGCUGCCAACGGCCGCAUCCUGGUCACUACCCCCAUAGAGAUCUGUGUGUAGAGAUCCUUGACUUGUACACCAGUGGUCAGCAACCCUAACUCUUGGACAUCUGCCUAGAGCUGCACAAAGUGUACAACACCAUAUUGUGAAUACACUGCUAUAUAUAUUGCGAUUAUGAUUAGCAAAGAGGGGUAGAAACCAGUUACCUUCACUCAACUACAGGUACACAAGUCAUAUUUGGAUUAAUUGGUAUUUCUUUGAGUAUUUUCAGAUAGUAAUACUUUUACUUCUACUCACAUAUAUGUGUGAGGAAAGUGAUCUAAUCAGUUAUAUUUCAGUCAUUAACAUUUAGUUUCUCUUUCAGCAUCUAGAACUGCUUUGCAGUUCUCUCACUUUGGAGCUUUUGGAUAUUAUUUUAGACCAACUUGCUCUAAAAAAAGAGAAGAAUAACAAAUAGGCUAACCACCAACAAACUUCACUUCCUCUGCUAGUUAAGUAGUUUUGGACCUGCUACUUUGCCAUUAGGAAUAAAACUUUUACUUGACUAGAGGCUUAGACUACUCUUUAUCCACCUCUGGCUAUACUACAAUAUACUGAAAACUCGUUUGUGAGCAUGAUUUAAAGUUGGCCUGCAUUAUUUUUGGGGAACAUUAUUUAUUUCUAUUGGAUCAUAUGAAUGCCUUGAUUAAUCCAAACACUUAAAGAGCAUCUAUGAUUGGCCAGGAUGCUCACAGCACCCAAUACAACAUCUUGUGAUUUGUUAGAACCAUUUGCAUAUAUCACCAUUAC